AUGGCAGAAAGAAUACUACAAGAUAUAGCUGAACAAAAAAUACGUCUUACAAUAGCGCAAAUCACUGAAAACAGGGCAGAGCAACUAGGUGUCUGCUACACUCUAGCUACAGAUUAUUCCUCCCUCGGUGACUUCCAUCAAGCAAUAGAGUACCACAAGCAAUACCUGAGCAUUGCUAAGGAAGACAGUUGCAGAGCAUGUGAAGGAAAAGCCUAUUUCAAUCUCGGCCAUGCUUAUGGAUCCCUCAGGGAAUUCCAACGAGCAAUAGAGUACCACAAGAAAAGCUUGUGCAUUGCCAAGGAAAUCGGUGACAGGGAACUAGAAAAAAGGGCCUGUUGUUAUCUCGGCAUUCUUUAUCAAUCCCUCAGAGAAUUCCAACGAGCAAUAAAGUACCACAAUCAACACCUCAGCAUUGCCAGGGAAGUUGGUCACAGGCGUUGUGAAGGAGAUGCCUAUUAUAGUCUCGGCUUUAUUUAUCAAUCCCUUAGCGAAUUCCAACGAGCAAUAGAGUGCCACAAGGAAUUCUUGUACAUUGCCGAGGAAAUCGGUGACAGGAAAGCAGAAGGAUGUGCCUAUCGUCAUCUCGGCACUGCAUAUCAAUCCCUCAGCGAAUUCCAACGAGCACUAGAGUACCACAAGGAAAGCUUGUGCAUUGCCGAGGAAGUUGGUGACAGGAAAUCGGAAAGCAGAGCCUAUGACAGUCUCGGCACUGUUUAUCAUUACCUCUGCGAAUUCCAACGAGCAAUAGAGCACUACGAGGAAAGCCUGAGAAUUGCCAGGAACGUCGGUGACAAGGAAGGAGAAGGAUGUACCUAUGGUAAUCUCGGCAAUGUUUAUCAAUCCCUCAGCGAAUUCCAACAGGCAAUGGAUUGCCACAAGAAAAGCUUGAGCAUUGCCAAGGAAAUCAAUGACAGGGAAACAGAAUUACUUGCCUAUUGUAGAAUCGGCACAGUUUAUGGUUCCCUCGGUAACUAUGAACGAGCAAAAGGGUACCAUAAGCAAUCCCUGAGCACUGCCAAGGAAUUCGGUGACAGGAAAGGAGAAGAAGUUGCCUGUUGCAAUCUCAGCGGUGAUUAUCAUUCUCUCAACGACUUUAAAAAGGCAAUAAAGUACUCAAUGCAACACCUGAGCAUUGCCGAUGAAAUCGGUGACAGGAUGGGAAAAGGAUGCGCCCAUAACCACCUGGGUUCAUAUCUUUUAGAAUUAGGUUCUCUGAAUGAAGCUUUAGAUCAUUUUAGAUGCAGUGUAAAAAUCUAUGACACAGUUAGAGCCAGUUAUAUUUCCGAAGAUGGAUCGAAAAUAAGUUUUCGUACGCAUCAUGAAUCUUCCUAUACUAAUUUAUGGCAGGUUUUAGUAAUGCUUGAAAGGAAUGAUGAGGCUUUAUACGCUGCUGAGAGGGGACGGGCACAGGCUUUGUUCGAUGCCUUAAAAGUAACUUAUGGCCUUACAUCACUUUCUCCCGGGUCAAUUGAAUCUGAAGAAGAAGUCAGAUAUAUUUCAAGGAAGACAACUGUUUUAACAGUUUUUCUUGCCCUUCAUUUGAAAACAGUCAAUAUCUGGGUGUUGGGAAAAGAGGGCAACCCUGUUUUUAGGCAAAAGGAGAUAGAAAUUGGACGUGAACACGAAGAUUCCUUUACUUUCCUUUUAGACACUGUUUUGAAAAACAUUAGGGCUGGCGUCGGUAUUAGAUGCGAAAAUCGGUCAAUGGAUAAGCUGAGUGAUGACUCAACUCCCUCAAGCACUCUAGACGACAAUCGAACAUCGGAGCCAUCACAGGGGACCACCGACCUUUUACAGCCAUUAUAUGAUGCAGUUCUUGGUCCCAUUGAAGACUUGCUUGAUGGUCAUGAACUAAUUGUAGUUCCUGACGGCGCUUUGUCUAAAGCUCCUUGGGCAGCCCUGAGUGAAACUCUAAGGAUCCGCACUGUUCCCUCACUGACAAGUUUGAAAGUCAUCACAGAUUCUCCACGUGAAUACCACAGUAAAAGUGGAGCCCUGCUUGUUGGAGAUCCAUGCUUGAAGAAAAUUACAAAUAAAUGGGGGAACCCCAUUUAUGAUCCUCUGAAGUACGCAAGAAUGGAAGUGGAAAUGAUUGAAAAAAUUCUAAAGAGUCAAUCCUUAACAGGUGAAGAUGCAACCAAAGAAGCAGUACUUCAGAAUAUCGGGUCGGUUGCUUUGGUUCACAUCGCAGCCCACGGAAGAAAGGAAACUGGAGAAAUUGUUUUGGCUCCAGACCCCCGAUGGGAAUCCAAGACUCCUACGGAGAAGGACUAUAUUUUGAAAAUGUCUGACAUACAAGCUGUGAAGCUGAGAGCAAGGCUAGUUGUGCUUAGUUGCUGCCAUAGUGGUCAAGGACCGGUCUCGUCUGAGGGUGUGGUCGGUAUGGCACGUGCUUUCUUGUUUGCUGGUGCUCGUUCCGUGCUGGCGACACUCUGGGCAAUUGAUGACGAAGCCACAAUGAUGUUUAUGAAGUCUUUCUACGAACACCUUGGAAGUGGAGAAAGUGCAGCUGUUGCUCUUCAGAGGGCCAUGAAAUGUCUUCGAGACUCCCAGGAUUAUUCUGCUCCAAAGUACUGGGCUCCUUUUGUUCUGAUGGGCGAUGACGUUAGGAUUGAAUUGGAAAAAGGUCAUUGA